AAUACAGAUGGAGUUGGCCUGUUUGGAGUAGCUGGCAUAGGAACCACACCAGCAACUGCACCAGCAGUGGUCCCGAUGUUACAUGAAGUUGAAAAGAAAGUCUCUGCCAAAUUGGCAUCAUCUUGCAUUGCCAUUCAGUGGGAAGAACCAGACGACCAUGGUUCUCCAAUCAGCGGAUAUAACAUUGACUACGGAGACAGAAACAUUUUGACUGUCGGUAGAGUAACACAGUAUGUUCUGACAAACUUACAGCCUGACACCACAUACAAAAUCAGAAUUCAAGCCAUCAAUCAAUAUGGAUUAAGCCCUUUUAGUCGAGCAGUAAGAGUCAGAACGAAGCCACUCCCACCUGAACCGCCACAACUUGAUUGUGUAGUCUAUGGACACCAGAGCCUCAGACUCAAGUGGGGCUACCCUUCAGCCAAAGGUUUACUUUCCAACCUUAUAAACUACAACUUGUUCAUGUGUAAUCCAUCUGGCAGGUUCUCUGUCAUUUACCAUGGGCCUUCUCAGACUCACAAAGUGCAGAGAUUGGUUGAAUAUACUCAAUAUAAGUUUAAAAUCCAAGCAUGUAAUGAAGCCGGUGAGGGACCACUGUCCAGCGUCUAUAUUUUCAAGACAACCAAAACCCCACCAGGCACACUUAAAGCACCUAAAUUGUAUCUGCUGAAUAACAAUACUUGCAAGAUCAAAUGGGAAACUCUGAAGCCGAUCAAAGGAGAUCCUGUAAUUUACAGUCUUCAACUUAUCAACGAAAAGGGAACUGAUUUGAUUUACAAAGGGCCGAACACGUCAUUCAGGUUUUCCAACUUACUCUCAAGUUCCAAUUAUCGCUUCAAGGUUUGUGCUGGCCGCCAAUAUAAAAUCUCCACUGGAAUUCGAGAGAUCUGGGGGCCGUACAGUCCCUGUGCGCUUCUUCCAACUCAGAAGGCUCAUCCCAGGGCCGGCAAAGGUGGCAGAGGAAACAGAGGCAGUGGUCCUGGGCAAGGGAAAGGCCUCAAGGCCAAAAUAGAAAUAAGCGACAACACAUUUGUUUUAAUCCUGGUGACAGGAUUUGCACUUGUUGCCAUUCUGUGUGCUGUUAUGAUCCAGUGCCUGUUAAUAAGCAGUUAGUCUAUAUUUCUACUUUUGCACCAUACUAAUUACAUCAAAUACAGACCUUGCUAUAUA